UAAUUUUAGAUCUAGCCAAUCCCAAUGAAGUAUCUAGUUCAUCGUUGAUAUUUCUCGUAACUCGUAAGAGCUGAGCGCAUCAAAUCAAAUCCAGAAGAGUUGAAAAGUCUUUCUAUUGACGAACAGAGUAAGCGACUGAAGCACAACAAAAUUGAACCAUUGACGCCAUUGAUGAUUAAUAGAAUGCUCUUUCUCACCAACCCCAUCUCUAUAAUUAUCAAGAAUUAAUCAAUUCAUUUCAUAAUUAUAUAAAUUUCUUUAACUUCUCACUUCACUCAACCCCACUAAAAUUCAGAAUCAGCUGAGUAUGGCUUCUGAGACUGCACACGCGAAUUGCCUAGGAUGGGCAGCUAGAGAUCCAUCAGGGGUUCUAUCGCCUUAUGAAUUCAAUCGCAGGGCUGUUGCACCGGAUGAUGUGUCAAUUAAAAUUACACACUGUGGAGUGUGUUAUGCAGAUGUGGUUUGGACAAAGAACCUUCAUAGAGACUCCAAAUAUCCUGUGGUGCCUGGCCAUGAGAUAGUUGGAAUAGUGAAAGAGGUUGGGCCGAAGGUUGAUCGUUUCAAAGUUGGGGAUCAUGUUGGAGUGGGAACUUAUGUCAACUCAUGUCGAGAUUGUGAGUAUUGUAAUGAGGGGAUGGAGGUGAAUUGUGUGAAAGGUUCAGUCUUCACAUUUAAUGGAGUAGAUGCAGAUGGUACAGUGACAAAAGGAGGUUACUCUAGCUCUAUUGUUGUUCAUGAAAGAUACUGCUAUCGGAUUCCUGACAAUCUUCCCUCGCACUUAGCAGCACCACUAUUAUGCGCUGGAAUUACUGUUUAUUCUCCCAUGAUUCGCCAUAAUAUGAACCAACCUGGUAAAAGUCUUGGGGUGGUUGGGCUAGGUGGUCUUGGACAUAUGGCCGUUAAGUUUGGUAAGGCUUUUGGACUGAAAGUUACUGUUUUUAGCACCAGUAUAUCAAAGAAAGAGGAGGCCUUGAGUGUACUCGGGGCAGACAAUUUUGUUAUUUCAUCUGAUGAACAGCAAAUGAAGGCCCUCACUGGAUCAUUGGACUUUAUAGUAGAUACUGCAUCAGGGGAUCACCAGUUUGAGCCAUAUCUGUGGCUUCUAAAGACAUUUGGUGCUUAUGUUCUGGUGGGCUUCCCAAGUGAAGUGAAAUUUAGUCCUGCGAGUCUUUUAUUAGGUAUGAAGACUUUCUCUGGUAGUAUAACCGGUGGUACCAAAGUCACUCAAGAGAUGUUGGAGUUCUGCGCUGCAAAUAAAGUAUACCCGAAUGUAGAAGUUGUUCCAAUUGAAUAUGCAAAUGAAGCUAUUGAGAGGCUCAUUAAGAGGGAUGUGAAAUAUCGUUUUGUGAUCGACAUUGAGAAUUCCCUCAAGUGAUAUCCUUUGGAGAACAUAGUAGCCUAAAUUAGGCCAAACGUCGAACUACUGAGUAGGCUUUACAAUUUACACAUCAUAGAGCACCUUCAUGGUAUUCGAAUUUAUAGCGAAGCUAGCUUUUGAGUGGGUGGCAUGAUUUUUUUUUUUUUCUUAGAGCAUUUACACAUGAAAGCUUAUUAUGACAGGUCCUAUACGUAGUUUGCUGCCUUGUUAAAACACUACAAUAAACGAUUUUGUAUGUAUUGUGCAGAUUCAUUCGGCUAUAAUUAUACAUUACCCUUCACCCUUGAAAGUUUGA